CAAAGUGUGCACUGAAAUUAAGUUUAAAUUGAAUAUCCACAUUCCAAAAUUCCAAAUUAUUCCAACUGCAGAAAUGUAGUGCAACGAUGCCAGAGUAACAUUCCCUCCGACUUGCGUCAACAAUUCCUCGCAGUGUGCCCUGGCCAGCGCUGAAACUGUGCGAUUUCUCGCUGUGCAGCAACAGCAAGGAGUAGUUGCCACUUCUGGUGUCGGCCAGUUUUGUUUGCUUUUGCUUUUGCGUUGGUGUUGGUGCAGCGACAGCGGUAGCGGCGGCGGUGGCGGUGGCAGCUCCUGUGGUGCCGGCAGACGUUACUAGUGCUCGGUAAUUUUGCAUGCAAAUAACUGGAAAUUAGUGUAAGUGCUCACUGACAUGCCACACAGCCAGAGCCGCUUUUGCCACGGCUCCAACAGCUUCUGGCUUCAUGCUCCUUGCUCUCAGAUAGCAGAGCAUUAGAGGCAGGAGAGGCAGGAGAGGCAGCAGCCCAGAGCCCAGACGAGCCCAGCCAAUGGCAGAGAUAAACAGACGAUGGCAGAAUAAAGUGGCAAACGCUUAGCCAAACGGCUUAGCCCCCAUGUGGGGGCGUUGCAUGGCAGCAUAUCUGAGUGUCUGCGGCUGCUGCUGCUGCUGCCCCCUGGAACAUCAACGCUUUAAAAAUCCAUUAAAAUGCAAUGAGCGCACAAACGUUUUAUGCCACGAGCCGGGGCUGAGCGGAGCUGAGCGCUGGUGAGGUUCAGAUUUCAAAUUUCAGUUCACUUGCCGGAUAUACUCAGUGAGUAAACCAGCAAACAAGAAGAAGAAGGUGAUAUGGCCAACAUAUGACGGAUAACCUACAUUAAGCCAGCAGCUAGAGUUCGAUUUACUUUUGAUAGAAGUUUCCAAUGAAUCCAUCAGUUUAUUGACACAAAUAGCUACCCGUAACGCUUAGAUGUCAAACUGAAAGACUAAUCAAACUACUUUAAUCCUAAAUUCCGAUAUACUCGCACAAAGGAAAUACCAAAAAUCGAAGUUCCAAGAAUUCUAAGUACAAAGAACUUCUAGAACUUGUAGAACUUCUACUUCUCUCGAUUUCUUUUAUUUCUUGCGAAAAUAAUAAACGUUUGUUCUAAGCCCCCAGAAAAUCGUAUCCUUCCACUCGAUGAAAUCCUUCAAGAUGAUCCAGUGGCUUAGCUUGGUGUUGCUGCUGCUGUUUGGCUGCUGCUGUUGCAUGGGUGGCACGCUAAUUGUGCACAAUCCUGGCAUGUCCUUCAUUGCACACCUAAUCAGAUAUCACUGCCAGGACAAUAUCAUUGUCUCCCCAGCCUCAUUCCACGAUGGCCUUAUACACCUAUUAAUGGGCACGAGGGGUGCAAGUGCCGACGAGAUGAUGGCCAAAUUGCAGCUUAACCGACAGCAACUGAACGAGCACCUGCAGAGGAGUAUCUUCAACAAGACAAUCUACAACUCAACGAUGCAAAUGGCCAAUCGGUUGUAUGUGGACCGUCGCCUGUGGCUGCUGGAGCGCUACAAGCUGGAUAUAUACAGGUAUUUCCACACAAAAGUGGAGCAUGUGGACUUCAGGAGCAUAGAUGGCACCGUGGACACCAUCAACGGAUGGAUGGCCAAGAAUAGGCAGGAGAAUAUCAAAGAUAUGUUGAGUUGGAUUGAUCCCGACUCCAGGAUGGUGCUGGUCACUGCAUUUGACUUCCAUGGCGAGUGGGCGAAGCCCUUCGAUCCGAACCACACCACAAAAGAGUUCUUCGAAACUCCGCAACAAAACGGAGAGAAUGUGCCCAAAUCUCUGGUGGAUAUGAUGCACAUUAGGGAGAAGUUUGCUCGCGGCUACAUCGAAGAAGUCUGUGCCCAUGUGAUAUUCUUGCCCUACAAACACGCGAACCUCUCGAUGGUCGUACUCCUGCCGAGAGAUUCCAAUGGCAUUGACUACAUCAAGAGAAACAUCCAUGAAGUAGACCUGCAAGCACUUGAGCCCAGCGAACCACCUGUGGAAAUGGAACUCAGUUUGCCCCGAUUCCAAAUCGAGUACAGAACAGAUGUGUCGAAUAUCAUCAAGACGAUGGGCAUUCGCUUGAUAUUUUCCCCAAGCGCCAACUUCAGUGGCCUCACCAAACAGCAGGGUGUGCGGCUCAAUCAGUUUAUACACAGGGUUCACAUCCUGGCGGACGAAGGGGGCUACAAUACGUCUGUUGCCUCUGCCUUUGAAGCAGUCUGUGGUCAAAAGAAGCGUCGAAGCUCAAAGCUUCACAGUCAAUCAUCCGUUUUUCUUCUGUAUCAAAGAUAAGAAGCGAAUGUAUGUGGCAGGAAUCGUAAAUAGAAUACCCAUAAACCUGU